AUGUUGAUGCUACUUAAUACAGUUUGUCUCGGAUUUGAAAUUGCAAAACUUGUAAUUUUUAGUCAAGUUGAUGAUAAAGAUAUGAUUAGGACGGAUUCAACUGCUGACAACAUUUAUUUAGCAUUGACGGCUAUAACUCUUCUUAAAGAUAGAUCGUAUGACCUUUAUAACCCACGAGAAAGAGCAAGAAUAUGUUUCCUCUUUAUGCUCGCGUGGAUAGCAAUUCCAGCAACCUACACCGUAUUUCUUUUCCAAGAUUUAGGUUCAAUCCCAUUAAUUUGCCCUCAAGAAGCCUAUCACUAUAAAUCAAAAAUACUUAAUCAAGCUUGCAAGAUUAGAAUGCAAAGUUUUUUAAUAAUGUGGUCAUAUACUGCUUUAUAUUGCCUUACGGUCCUUAUUGAAAUAGUACGAUAUUUACUUCAUCGUAAUUCUAAUUCUAAGGGUGAUUUAGAGAAUGGGAAAAAAGAACAAAGAAGGUCAUACCAUCCACUAUUCUCUAUGUCUGAUACGUCAACAAAUUCUGAAAAUAGCGUUUCAAGGGAUAUAAAUCUGACAUCUAAUAAUAGUCAUCUUAGUAGUUGUAGUACAACGUCAAAAAGUCCAUUAUCGCGACCAAAACCUACACAUAAUUCUUUAUUUUCACCACCUUCUCAUGAACCGAAAAUAACAAAUUAA